CCACCGAUAUACGUACGCAGGCUAUAAAAGAAAGGGACCGAGAAACGGGGGGGCUAAUAGCGGCUUACGGGAACGCUGAAAGCACUCAGAGUAACCCAAUACUCGUUUCUUUCUCCGAUUCUCUCCUAAGUAACAGCGUAGACAUUUAACGGUUCUUGAUUUGUUCUUUGAUUUGUCGAAUUAGGGUUAGGAAUACGUGGAUUGCGAGUUAAUAGUUCCACUUUUGCGGCUAACCGGGACGCUGUUUCGGAGCUACUAUGGAGUUCGGGAAGGUGAUCAAGGUUAAAUUUGAAGAUACUUUGAGGCGCUUUACUGUUCCUCUUGAUCCUCUAAAUGGAGGACUGGAUCUCGACAUGGCUGGAUUGAGGGCAAAGAUCCUUAGUCUUUUCAAUUUCCCUGCUGAUACUGAUUUUACCCUAACUUACUUGGAUGAAGAUGGUGAUGUUGUAACACUUGUUGAUGAUGAGGAUAUGCGUGAUAUGAUGAGUCAGGAUCUGAAAUUCUUGAGGAUUGAGGUACAACUGAGCAAUGACAAUGCUGGUAAACCAUAUGGUGGUUCAAGUGGAAGUUCUACCCCAUUGAGGUCUCCUUACGUCCAGCAACCAUUUUCAAAUAUUAAAAAUGGUGUUGUUAAAGUUAUGAAGUCUGUGCCGCAGGCACUUCGUGAACAACUUUCUCCUGAAGCCCAGCAUCCAUUUCCAAAUGUUAAAGCUGGUGAAUCUGGUGGUGUUGAACCUCUUCCAGUGCCACAGCCACUACGUGAACCACUGUCGAAGCUUUGUCUUGACAUGGCUUCUAAAGCUGCCUCCAGUCCUGUGCCUGCUGAUCUGCUUGACUUCUUGUUGAAGAUAGGACAGUCCUACAUGAAUGUGGAUUCCCACACCCAUGCUGGUGCAGAAUCUUCAUGCACACAGGAUGUUGCUCGUGGUUCAAAUGCUGCAAAGGAUGGAGACAUGGAAGAUGUGAUGCCAAAGUCUGAAUUUGUUGACCCAGCAACCAAAAACAGUUGUGAUGUGAACACGGGAAACGUGACAGUGAGUGUUGGGGCACCGGUGACCUCGCUUCCUGCUUCUGUUGAUUUGAAUUUCCCUCCCAGUGAUUCUAAUCUGUCAGGUGUCAAACUUGUGAAGUUUGCACCAGUUGUAUCAAAUGUUCCUGCUGGAGACCCCUGGAAAGUCAACAAGGACGGUUGCAGAGUCACUAAGCACGGCAACGGUUUCAAGUCUUUUGGUUGUGAUGCAUCGGCAAGUUCGUCUAUUCCUACAAGGCCUAGCCCGAUUGCUAAUUUAAGUGGUAAUCCUAUGAGUCAGUGUCCAUUUGCUGGCAUACCCAUGGUAAAUGGAUCUUCAAUUCCUUUUGCUAACCAUCCAUUUAAAAGGAGCCAUAGUCACACUGCGUCGAUGGGCGGCAUGUUCCACAAGGGUAUACAAUGUGAUGGCUGUGGGGUUCAUCCCAUUGUUGGACCUCGGUACAAGUCCAAAGUGAAAGAAGAUUUUGACCUUUGCAGUAUUUGCUUCUCAGAAAUGGGUAAUGAGACUGAAUACACUAGAAUGGACCGCCCUAUGCCUUUUCGACAUGCACGGUCUCUCAGGGGAUUACAUGAGCAAGUGAACUCUCCUUGGGCUGGAGCCCCUGUAUUGCCACAUGAUCUGUAUAGAAGUCGUCCUAGGCUUGACAGUCGCUUCAUUCUUGAUGUUAAUGUGAUCGAUGGUACUAUUAUGGCCCCAUCUACCCCAUUUACUAAGAUAUGGCGGAUGCGCAAUAGUGGAAGUUUAACAUGGCCAAGAGGAACUCAACUUGUCUGGAUUGGAGGAGAUCGAUAUAGUGAUGCACCUUCAGUUGACUUAGAGAUUCCUUCUAAUGGUGUUCCCGUGGACAAGGAGCUUGACAUUGCAGUUGACUUCACAGCACCUGCAUCUCCUGGUCGAUACAUGUCAUACUGGAGGAUGGCUUCUCCAUCCGGUCAGAAGUUUGGGCAACGUGUUUGGGUUCUUAUCCAGGUUGAUGCUUCCUUGAAGGACUCAUUUUGUGUUAGCCUUGAAGAUUUGAACUUAAAUCUCCCCCCUGUCAACUGUGGGUCUAAAGGCCCUGAAAUUACAGGUGUGAAUGUUCAACCUGAUGGUGAACUUCUCCAGCCUGGCAACUCGAACGCUGGCACAGAACCAAUGAAACCAGUGGUUGACGAGCAGCCUAGAAAGGACCAUGAUCUGAAUUUUCCGAUAAAUGAUGCUUUACUCGUUGGCCAAGGCAUCUCUUCAUCUGCAGCACCAGAGGCUGUGUCGUACCCCAUUGUUGAUCUCUCCGAGGUUGCUCCGGCAUUGCCCACCCAGGCACCAUCAAAUGCACACCCCCCCACUCCUACAGCACCUACCCUGGUGCCAUCCGUUGUUGUGGUUGGGCCAACAUCAUCAGCUCAAGGAGCCGUUGCAAAGAAUGCUGCUGUUGAGGAGACCCUCCUUAAGGAACUCGAGGAGAUGGGUUUCAAACAGGUUGAUCUGAACAAGGAAAUCCUGAGGAUAAACGAGUACAAUUUGGAGCAGUCUGUGGAUCAUCUCUGUGGUGUUUCUGAGUGGGAUCCCAUCCUUGAAGAGUUGCAGGAGAUGGGUUUUUGUGAUAAUGAUACAAACAAGAGGCUGCUGAAGAAGAACAACGGGAGUAUCAAGCGUGUUGUCAUGGAUCUCAUCAGUGGGGAGAAGGCUUAGUUGAAGGCUCUGUUUCUAGUAGUAUAUAUAACUGAAAAGAUGUUAAUAUUAUAAAUAAAUGCACUGCUAGAUGAAAGCCUUUUUGUUGCAUUAGGAUGGUUUCCUUUUCUAGGGGGAAACAUUGAUCCUGGCGUGUGUUUUGGAAUCCUAAAAAAACUGACGUGAUAUCUGUUUCUAGUCUUCAAUGUAUAUGAAACUUUGUGUUCUGAAUAUAUUAUGUUAUAUUAUAGCAAUGGUGUUUAUCUUU